AAACGGAUGUGAUUUUUAAGAAUUUUUAUAUUGUAUGACUGAUAAUAAAUACAAGGUUUGAGGUUAAGUUCUAGUUUGAACUUGUUCAUCUGCACGGUUAGAGAGUUUGUAAAGAAACGUAUGACUUCAACAAAUAAAAAUGAAACAUACAUUGUUCAAUCGUCCUUUCCUACAAGUAAGUUUUUACUGUCGGAGAUUACGUUAUUGUACUUCUACCGCAACUGCAACGGAAUGCAACAAUAAAAGACUAACAGAUUUUCCUGCAACUUUUAAGCCAAAGGAUGUAGCAAAAGGCUGGUAUGACGUCUGGCAAUGUAACAAGUACUUUGCCUCAUCUAGGAUAACAAAGAGAACGAGCAACAAUGCACAAGAUGAAAAGGAAGCCAGAGAAACUUUUAGUAUGAUUUUACCACCACCUAAUAUUACAGGAAUAUUACAUCUGGGUCAUGCACUUACCGUUACAAUCCAAGAUGUUCUGGCGAGAUGGCACAGAAUGAAGGGUCAUCCAGUGUUGUGGAUACCGGGUCUGGACCAUGCAGGAAUUGCAACACAGGCGAUAGUGGAACGUACAUUGCGGAAUACGCGCAAUGUUACGCGACAAGACGUGGGCCGUGCCGAGUUCACGCAAUUAAUCUGGCAGUGGAAGGCGGAAAAAGCCGCGGUUAUUAAGGAGCAGUUGAAAGCCCUUGGCGCUACGCUCGAUUGGGACAGAGAAUACUUCACCAUCGAUGAAAGUCAUAGUGCGGCAGUGACAGAAACGUUCGUACGGCUAAACGAGAGAAAUCUGUUAUACAGAGCCAGAGACCUUGUUAAUUGGUCGCCAGCUCUGCGCAGCACAAUCUCAGAAAUCGAAGUCGAGGACUUUGUGGUGAACGGUAAGACGCGACUCCAGUUACCCGGCUAUAAUACCAAGAUCACUUUCGGCCAGUUAAUCAAGCUAGCAUAUCCAAUCAAAGAUUCGAAGGAGGAACUGAUAGUUGCCACAACUAGGCCUGAGACCAUUUUUGGAGAUGUGGCGAUUGCUGUGCAUCCAAACGACGAUAGAUAUUCGAGAUACAUUGGUCAGCACGUUUUACACCCCAUAAGAGAGACUUGUAUACCCAUCAUAGCCGACUCUUCGGUCAAGAGAGAAUUUGGCACCGGUGCAGUGAAAAUUACACCGGCGCACGAUCGCUUAGAUUACAGCAUCGCCAUAAAACAUGACUUGCCACUUAUUAGUGUUAUUGGUGAAGAUGGCAACAUGACGGAUGCGUGCAAGGAAUUCAAGGGAGUCCCGAGAUUCAUUACACGGAUAAAACUAAUGAAUCAACUAUCGGCACGAGGUAUGGUGAGAGGUGUGGAAGAUAAUCACCGAAUGAUACUGCCACUAUGUUCGCGUACACAUGAUGUGAUUGAGUACUUGCCAAAGGAACAGUGGUUCUUGCGCUGUGAGACAAUGGCUAAGCAGGCCUGUGAAGCUGUUGCGAAUGGUAAACUCAAAAUCGAUCCAAGCGAUGACGACAUUCACGAACAAAUGUGGUACAAGUGGCUCGGAAAUCCUAGGGACUGGUGCGUGUCGAGGCAGUUAUGGUGGGGUCAUCGCAUACCAGCGUAUUCUGUAAUUCAUGCUGAUGGUAAAGACGAGGAUGGCGAUAGUGAUAUUUUUUCAACCAGUAGCAACAGUACCACUUCGUGGAUAAUCGCACGAUCCGAAGAAGAAGCGUAUUCUCUCGCACGAGAGAAAUACGGAGAUACAGUGAGUUUACGUCAGGAUCCAGAUGUCCUAGAUACAUGGUUUUCCUCGUCAAUUGUGCCAUUCGCUACGCUUGGCUGGCCGAAAAAUACGGAGGAUAUGGCAAGACACUAUCCGCUAACACUGAUGGAAACAGGCCAUGAUAUUCUCGUGUUUUGGGUAGCGAGGAUGGUGAUGCUAAGUCUGGAAUUGACACAGCGUUUGCCUUUUAAACAAGUUCUACUUCAUGGUGUCUUGUGUGACGGCAACGGCAAGAAAAUGUCUAAGAGCUCUGGCAAUGUUAUCUCGCCUGAAAACAUUAUCAAUGGUUGUACCUUUGAGGAAUUGAACGAGCAAGCAAGACGCAGUCACACGGCUGGUAUUCUUAGCGCCGAAGAAUUACAGCGAACAUUACGUGUUAAUUCAAAAACGUACUCGGCGGGAAUACCAGAUUGCGGUGUCGAUGCCUUGAGACUAUCAUUAUGUGCACGUAAUAUUAAGAGUCACACCAUCAGUUUUGAUGUGGAUGAUUGUCGAACAAGCAAGUACUUUUGCAACAAGAUCUGGCAGGCAAGCAAAUACGUCUUGCUGAUGACAAAGGAAGAUGAACAACACGAAAAUAAUGGAAAGGAGAAUGAUCUCGAUCGAUGGAUUCUGAGUCGAUUAUCGUGGAUGGUGGAAAUGGUGAAUGAUGCGUUUGCCGAGCGAAAUUUUCAUAAAGCGAUCGCUGCGAUUCGCCAAUUUUUGCACUAUGAAUUUUGCGAUUUCUAUGUGGAGGGUACAAAAUUUGGGUUCAAAGAUGGUAAUUCCGCUGGGCAUUCCAACACUCUUGCAAAAUGUUUGGAAGUGUCAUUACGCAUCCUCUCACCUGUCACACCUUACUUAUCGGACGAUUUAUAUCUGAGACUUGCCAAGAAGGGGCUUCCAGGAUUUCUGUCAGUCGCCUCGUUGCUUGAGACUUCCUAUCCGAUGCCAUGCGAGUUCGAGCAUCUGAGAAAUGUUGAGUUGGAGGAAAGGAUGUGUGAACUCAUAGAUGUGAUAAAUGCGAUUAGAAGCUGCAUGGCGAAUGUGAGCAAGAAGUCUAAUCCAGAAGUUAAUAUUUUGGUUGGAAAUAUGCGCGACUAUCAUUUUUAUCUGGAGAAUGUGAACCUGAUCAAAGGAGUAAGCCGAGUCUGGAACGUCCGUGUAACGGAAUCGGCGAGUGAUGAUAAUUUUAAUAGGAUGAUGACAACGACGAAUGACAAUAAUUUCGACGGUGGCAGUAUUUGUACCAUCCAAUACAUGCAUACAAACAAUUGCUCGUUACUUAUUACAGUCAUGGAUACAUCGGUAUUGGAACAAGUUAAGAAGAAUAUUGCGAAGAAGAAUAACUCAGGAGUGCACUAAGAAGAAGAAAGCCAAAUAGUACGUGCAACAUUAUAAUUUCCAUUUACUCAUGUCCCUCUCUGUAAAUAAUGUAAUUAUUAUAUGUAUAAAUAAAAAAAGAACUAUUCAUACA